CCCACUCAAGCUGCGCCUCCACCGUCUACGAAACCAGCUCCAGCGCGCCAUGAUAUGUCUGUGAUCCUCGUCACAGGCUCUUAUGACCAUGAAAUACGCUUCUGGGAAGCUUGGAGUGGCAUCUGUUCCAGAACAAUCGCUCGCUCCGGCGAGAUUGGUCAAGUUAAUCGUCUAGCUAUCUCCCCCGACAAACGCCUCUUAGCUGCAGCGAUCCACAAGAAGGUCAACAUAUAUGAGAUCGCGAGUUCUUCCUCUACCCCACUGAUCACAUUUGAUGGACACACCAUGAAUGUCACCUCCGUGUGCUUCCAUAGUCAGGGCAAAUGGCUUGUGACCGGUAGUGAGGAUGGUACUAUCAAAAUAUGGGAUCUGCGGAGCACGCACCUUCAUCGUAACUAUAAUAACGAAGCGCCCGUGAAUGAUGUAUGUGUGCAUCCCAAUCAAGGCGAGCUGAUCUCCUGUGAUCAAGCAGGCAGGAUAAAGCAGUGGGACCUAUCCGAAAAUAUCUGCACUCAUGAACUGACUCCUGCCGGAGAUGUUCCUAUUCGCUCAGUGACACUGGCUUCGGAUGGCACAUGCUUGGUCGCAGGCAAUAACAAGGGCAAAUGCUAUGUUUGGAAAAUCAAUGAAGAGAGCUCACAACUCCCUCGAUUCCAAGCAGUCACGAAGUUUCAGGCGCACGCCAAGUACCUCACGAGAUGUCUUCUUAGCCCAGACGUGAAAUUCCUUGCCACAUGCUCGGCGGAUACUACCGUCAAGAUCUGGUCGAUCUCCUCCAACUACGACUUCAAACUCGAAAAAGUCUUACAGGGACACCAAAGGUGGGUAUGGGACUGCGCCUUCAGUGCCGAUUCCGCAUAUCUUGUCACCGCUUCUUCGGAUCACACUGCUCGACUGUGGGAGAUGGCAUCGGGAGACACGGUCAGACAAUAUAACGGGCACCACAAAGCGGCCGUAUGUUGCGCUUUGCACGAUGGCGCAGGCUAACCAGGCAGAGUGUCACGUUCUUUUGGUGCUCUCCCUGGCAGAUGGUUGUACGUCGUUGAUCACAAUACACAGCCCUGAUCAUACCGC